AUGCCCGCGUCGUCUCGCAUUCGCCCGCUUAGUAGUAUUCUAUGUGCCCUCCAGUCCCGACCUCAUAAACGACGUGGUUCUGCUCCUGCCAGCGAAGUGGCCAUCGCUACCUCCGAGCCUACCCACUCAGAAGCUGCCACCCAGCCAACGGCCGCCACCGUGGUUGACCCCGCUGCCAGCUUAGAUAGCUGCCUCGACGCGGCCCCCGAAGUGAUGCCCGCCGCCACGUCUGUUGGUACCCCAGACAUGGACGAAAUGCAAUCCUUUGCCAGGGCUAAUGGCCCCGAACCUGCCUCUAACGGUGUCCCUGUGUCGGGUGGAAGGGGCACCAAUAGGGCCGAUACCCCUCAAGUGUUUAGCUCUCGGCAGGCUGUGGUCGAUGGUGCCAGGUUGCCCGUGCCUGCCACCAAGCCGACACGGUUUGGCUCCGUAAACCACCAUCAGGUAGCAAGAAGCCAUUCCGGUUCCGGCAUGAACCCUUCCCCGCCCCAACAUCACGGCGUCUCCUCCUAUGCGGCGUGCAAGGACAAACUCAAACGACCGCGUCGGAGGGGCCGCCACGUUGUGGGCUCCUUCCAUCCUGUCCGACUCCGAGUUCAACUCCCCACUAGCGACCUCAACAACCGCCACCCUCCUAUCACGGAAGAGAUACACUCCAAUAUGGGGCCCCCGCCCACUUGGAAUCCUCACCAGAGCAGUCAGUUCUCCGAGUUUAUAAUAGGGAAUGAUGGAAUGAUGAAAGUAAAGCCGAUCCCCAACGAUCAACGUCAGCACCCCUAUCAGCAGCAGUACCAGCAAAGCCAGCAAACAUCUCAACCGCAGCACCUCCUUCACCACGUCAACAAUCACGUCCCCGAGAACCCCUUCGAGGCCUCGUCCACCGAACCCAAGCCCCGUGCCACCCAGCAACAGCAGCAGCAGCAGCAGCAGCAGCAGCGAGAUUCACUUGCACGAUCGUCCUACGGAGCGAACCACGCCGCGAACCACCUUGCCGACGAGGACGAGAUGGUGGGUGCUGUGCCAUCUUCCUUUGCAAAACCCCGGCGUGUGCCUGAUAGGACCAGGUACGAGCCUCUCGGCCGGUCUUCGCCCAUGUUUUCGGAUGACGACGACGACGACGAUUUUGAACGGAUUGAGGGAGGGGAAGCCAAGUCACGCCCCGCGCCAAGAAGCCUGUGA